CCGGGCGGGGCCAGGCGGGGCCGGGCAGGGCGAGGCGGGGCCGGGGUCGCUCCGGCUGCGGCAGAGGGCCCUGCCGAGGCAGAGGGACCCGCUGCUGCAGAGUCCCGCUGCUCCUCGCCGUCCUCUCGCCAUGCUGCCGGCGCGCCUCCGCCCGGGGCGGCUGCUGUCCGCCGCGCCGCUCCGCCCGCCCGCGCCGCGGGGAGCCGCGGCCGCCGGGGAUCCCGCCCGGAGCCCGGGCACCGCCCGCGCUGAGCAGGCUCACCGGGUGGUUGCAAGUUACAAACCUUCGAAGUUUGACAAAAAAAUCCUUCUCUGGACUGGACGUUUCAAGACAGAAGAAGAGAUUCCUCAGAGGAUCUCGGUAGAGAUGCUAGACAAGGCAAGAAACAAAGCUCGAGUGAAAGCCUGUUACAUCAUGAUUGGGCUCUCAAUUAUUGCCUGUUUUGCGGUGAUUGCUUCAGCUAAGAAGGCUGCUGCACGUCAUGAGUCCUUAACGAGCCUCAACUUGGCCAAGAAGGCCAAGUGGCGGGAGGAGGCUGCGCUGGCCGCGGAGGCAAAGACAAAGUAACUUCAUCUGAAAUGCUCAGUGUCCUCGGAAGAGCAAAAUUAACUGCUGUGAGAGCAACUAGUGAGUUUCUCCCCUAAAUGGACAACUGUAUUACGCACACCCUGAAGCCAGUAAGGGCAGCUACAGCAUCACAAAAAGAAAGGGAAAGUCUCUUUCAUUAGGAAGAUAUUCAGGAUACUUGUUGCAUAUAAUUAAAACUAUUUAGAAUGUUUUGCAUAUGAUUAAAAGCAGUAAUUCGUUUUAAAGAGAUCAGGUAAUUUCCUAAGAAUGUCAGGUACCUUUGGUUAGAUAACCACAAAAUAUUUAAACCCAAGAAGUUUUCUGUCUGGUGACAGUGCAUAGUUUUUCAGCGCACAGAUUCUCACUUGGAAUUCAUUGGCAUCAAUCCUGCAUUCAAAAUGGUAUUUGCAUUUUUUAGAAGCAACACUUACUGAAUCACUAAACAAAUACAGCCAGCAUCUGUAAAAUAGGUUUUAUUGGUUUCUAUAUGGUAUUUGGAGAUUUAACAUUCCAUAAUAUUGCAUACUACUUAUAUGUGUUCUGUUACAGUAAUGCGCCUUUGGCCUGGAUUUAAAGAUGCACUAUUACUAUCUGAAGUUAAUACAGGUAAUUUAGUUUCCAUGCAUUAUAUGAAGACAUUGUGCCAUAAAUAUUUAGAAUUUUUUGUUCCAGAUUUCAGUGAAAUCUUGAGGUCACGGUUUAAGUCCACGUAUCAAUUUGCAGACCUGUUACAAAAAUCCUCAUUGUACAAUUUAAUAAAUUUUAACCAACUGAGAAUUAACCAUGGAGGAAAGAUAAUAGUGCAUCUUUACUAUUUUCUUUAAGAUAGGGCCAACAAUAAAUAGUUUCCAGUUGCAAAUUUGUUCUACAGCAAACAUUUCUGUGCCAACAUUAUUACUAUUUUUUGAUUGCUGCUAGCAACAGUGUGUAAAGCAAAUACUAGAAAAUUAAAAAACUGUAUGAACCAGUCCUCAGACAAAAGUGCAAUGAUAAAAAAAUUAGAUAUGACUCAGUGUAACAAGAGUAGGGAACUAAUAAAAAAAAAAUCUUAUGCUCUGCAUAGUUGCAUAGAUUAGCGAGUUAGUAUUCACAUUUAAGCAGAACAAAUGGUAUCCUUUUAAUUAAACCCAAACCCCUGUUUUUAAACACACUUUGUAACUGACGGGACACUUCAGAUUGCAUAUAAAAUGCCAAACUUAAAGAGAUUUUAAUAUCACAGUUUUAUUUUUCUCUCUCCAUACUGGUUUCAUCAGUUUGGGUAACAUCAUCAUAAUCAUGCUCCUACCUGCAAAUGAGCACACUGGAGCAGACCUUAAGUCAUAAUCUCUGGUUUUAUUUUGUUCAUUUAUGUGCUUUUAACAAAGCAUGAUAUAAACCCAGUGAUAAAAUAGGAGAGACCAUCCUGUAUGUAUGUCCUUUAAAUAAUUUUCAUUAUUAUUUUUUAACAGUAUCAGGUUUAUGCUGAGUUUAAAUAGGGAUUUUCAUUAUCCUAAGUUCUUGAAUUUUAGCUCCCUUUCUAACUGUGCAUUUAAAUGGUAUCAGAGGCAUGAAAUAGUUUGUCUAAAUGCGUAAAGUGCAGUCACUAACCGUCCACAAGAUAGAAUAAUAUAUCCACACAACUGGAGACAUUAUUUCAAAACAAAUAUAAUACUUUAAAUGUCCCCUCUUUUCUUCAUUUUCAUGUCUUUCAAUUAAGAUUUUCAUAGUUCAGAUUUGGUUUAAAUAUGAGAGGCUUACAAAUGUAGUUUUACAGGGUUCUCCAAAUAAAAAGCAGGCACAGCUGGUUGUUAUCAAAACAAGGUUGUUAGAAACAAAGGAAUACCCUGUUACCUGAAUAAUUUUCUUACACUAGAACACUGAAAUUCAGUAUUUGCUUGUAAUCUUAGUAGAUUUCCAUGACUGUUACCCUGUUCUUCGAUAGAUGGGGAGUUGGGAGACCAUGGGAAAGAAUGAAGGUUGGUGUAUGAAAACCUAAACUAUGAGAGUAAAAAGGGCAUAAGUAAAACCCCAUAACAUUAUAUGAAAAUUUGGCAGCCGUACUCAAUGUUAUCACACUAUUCAAAACUGUUGUAUGCUGUACAAAUCUAGGUUUAAAGUGUCAUUUGCUAAAAUAUCUCAUUAUUCAGAGUUCAUAAAGUAACAGCACUCCUAUAUACACUUCUUACACAUCUAUUUGCCACUAAAAAGACUUCAAAGGGAGAUUGCUUUCCUCCCAGUUAUAUCUUAGUCAAAACUGACCAUUAAUAUUAGAAAAUCCACUUCAAGUCCCACAUUCAAUUACAAUAUAGAAUAUAUUGCUGUAACAUCAAAGUGAAACAUCUUAGAAUCUUAAUUCGCGUGUAAAAAAAAAAAUCUAAAUAUAAAAUGGUACUGUAAAUGAUACCACCUUUAACCUGUAUUUUUCAGUGCAUUAAAAUAUUAUUUAGUGACAA